AGUCUGUGAUGAAAUGUUAUCUGUGUUACCACAAUUAUAACCUAAAAACUGAAAAGUAGAUAAUCACCUGAAUACUUACUCAGAGAUAAUCACUAAGCAGGUACAUUUUAGAAUUUAAAUUAACCGGAAAUAAAAGAAAAUAGCGAUAGCGGUGGCGUAUAAAAAGUAAUUCCCGUAGCUGCUUCCCUUAAACCUUUGAAAAUGGCCUUACCUGUGGAUUUGGAACUCAAAAAGGCAUUUGUAGAUUUACAAGUCAAGAUGAUAGCAACGAGCAAAAAGAUCCAUUUCAUAGAUACCCAAAUAGGAGUUUUGAAGAGAGUUUUACAACAUGUAGAUAUAACUCAAGGUGAAAUCAGUAUGCUGCCGCCUGGAACAAAAACUUACGAAUCUGUAGGCAGGAUGUUCCUGCUCACUGAUCUAGAAGAAGUCAAGAGUAAUCUCAAAACCCGAGAAUCACAGUUAACUGCGAAGACCGCAGACUUGGAAAAAAAUAAAGAGUAUUUAGAAAAGAAUUUGAAAGAAAGUCAAGACAAUAUCAGAGAAAUGGUUCAACAACGCAAAGAGCAAAGUGACAGUAAAAUUUAACAAAAAUGAUUAAAAUAUGAUUAUAGGAUUAUUCUACCUAUAUCGUGAAUCUGUUUAACAAUUUGUAAGUUUCUUAUGAUUUCGAAUAGCUU